GUGCUUAAUAUGGUUCUCCGCCACAAAAAUUCUACAGGUAGCCACAAGCAGGUCAGUCGGUAAACCUGCAGGACAAACAGUUGUGUGCUUCGAAGAGCUUUAGUACUUGGAAACCUUUGGGUACGACCAGGGCAAGUUUUUUCGUUCUUUCGCGGUGAUUUUAGGUACGACUCUUUGUUUAUUUCAACCUGAUAAUAAAAAAACGAGUGACCAUGCUCGACAAAAAGAAAAUUCCUGUAGUUUUCAGAAAAGAUCUACCAAGCGAUUUGGAGAAAAUUAAAUAUGGGCAUUAUAUUAGGGACGAUUGGGACUACCCUAUACAUUUAUACUUGAAGGAAAACGAUAUACGUGUGGAUGAAAAUGGGAGUGAGAUAGUGAAAUUUCUUAAAGGAAAGUGUGUCCUCAUUACAGGAGCCACAGGAUUUUUAGGAAAAUCAUUAAUAGAAAAAUUGUUAAGGUCCUGCAAGGAUAUCGACACAAUUUAUAUAGUAGUUAGAGCAAAAAAAGGCAAAAAUAUUGAAGAGAGAGUUAAUGAACUUCUAGAUAAUUGGGUAUUUUGUCGGUUAGCAGAUAUAGUUCCAGAUUUUCGUAAAAAAGUUGUAGGAAUCAACGGUAACUUUGAAGAAUCAGACUUAGGAUUGUGUGAAAAAUCACGAAAUCUCAUAGCAGAUAAAGUAAAUAUAAUAUUCCAUGUAGCAGCAACCGUCCGUUUUGACGAGAAAAUUAAAACGGCCGUAGCUGUUAACAUUAAGGGGACCAGGGAAAUGGUAAAAAUAGCGAAAUCGUGCAAAAAACUGGACGUUUUUACCUACGUGAGUAGCGCGUUUUCAAAUUGUCACGAAAUGGAGAUAGAAGAAAAAUUCUACGAGCCCCUGAUGGAUCCUGAUACUCUAAUUGAGCUUACUGAUAGGUUCUCAGAUGAUGUUUUGGAUAAGAUAACACCAGGUCUUUUAGGCUCUACACCCAAUACCUAUACGUUUACAAAGCAAAUUGCUGAGAGUAUAAUAAAGCGAGAAGCAAUAGGACUGCCAGUGUGUAUGCAAAGGCCAUCAAUAGUAAUUGCAUCUGUCAGGGAACCUAUUCGUUCGUGGGUAGACAACAUCUAUGGCCCUGUAGGACUAAUCCAGGGUACUGCAAUCGGACUAUUACACGUUAUGCUAGGAGAUCCUGAAAAGGCUGCAGAUUUAGUUCCAGUGGAUUAUGUGAUUAAUAACUGUAUCGCCGCGUCAUAUAAGACAGCCAAAGAGAAAUCGACAUCUGAAAUACAAAUUUUCAAUUUUACUAGAAGCAAAACCAAUGAGUUGAAGUGGAAAAACUUGAUUUUAUGUUCCGAUCAAGGUUGUAAAGUAGGAUCAACGCAUAUUUUAUGGAAGCAUUUUUUUAUUUUCACGAAAAACGUUUUUUUCUACUCCCUGUUGUUUUUUCUGUUCCACAAUGUUCCGGGAUAUAUAGCGGAUUUCUUUGCAGUUAAAAUGGGCAAAAAACCUCUACUAGGCAAGGCUUACGAAAAAAUAGCAAAAUUCUCGAGCGUUUUAGCCUAUUUCACACUGCGCGAAUGGACGUUUGACUACAGCAACACUGUAUCGCUAUGGGAAUCACUGAAUGAGACUGACAAAAAGAAUUUUGCUUUUGACAUGUCGAGUAUAAACUGGGUAGAUUACUUUGACACAUACCUAGUGGCCAUGAGGGAAUUUCUCAUAAUGGAUCCGUUGGAUAGUUUGAAGGAAGGCAGGAUUUUUAUGAGACGGGCCACUAUAUUUCACUAUGUCUUCGUGUCGAUAGUUACAGGGCUGUCAAUUUAUUUCUGCUUAAAAAGUAUAUUUUGUUUCAUUCCUCUAGGAAUAAUUUUUUGUAUAAUUUAUUAUAAUUACUCUUUAUAUACGUCUUCAACUCUGUAUAUAAAAAAUAAACUUAGUAAAAAAUAGUUAAAA